UUGGUUCGUAUAUCUUGGUAUGACGAAAUAGUUAUAUUYUAUAUAUAACAUGGGAUUUGAUUGGUAAAUCAAUUUCAAACGACCAAUCAUGACUGCGCUUAUAUAUUGUUAUGUUUGGCGGGGAAUACCCUCUAUAUGGGAGAGAUCUGAAAUCAGACUUCGAGAUUAUGAAAAUCCUAAAAUAGGUGUUUUUUUAAACAAUGGCCGAAUCAAAAGAAGAUCCACUUCAUCUUAGGUCUUUAACUGCAGAUGGUAUCGUAAAAAAUAAGCUAAAGUCAUUAGAAUUAAUUGAAAGUCAAAUAUCCGAGGCAUUUAUAGAGCUGACUUCAAGCAUAGAUCACGUGAAGCUGGAUAGCAAAUUGUCAGUAGUUCGUUCGCUUUUACUUGGUGCUAUUACAAAUAUCAAAACAUUCAAAGAGGUAUGCAGAGAUGAAGCCAACAGCAGCUUGAACGCAGGGAAAGUAAGCCAAGAUGACCUUAUGAAUUCCAAAUGGACCCGUCUUGGUGAAGGAGGCUUUUCCAACGUAUUUAAAGCCACUCUGAAAGGAAAUGUGGUGGCAAUUAAAGUACUCAAAGAUUUUAAAGAAUCUAAAGCCUUAUUCACUGAAGGAAACCUAUUAAGGGACUUUAGGCAUGACAACAUUGUAGCAUUCAGAGGAAUGGAUGUUUUGGAGCAAAAAAUCUCAGAAUUAAACCUUAAUGCUGGAAGCCCAUUCAUAGUGAUGGAGCACAUACCCAAUAACUUGUAUAAGUAUGUAGAGAGCCAAAGAACACCUGAAACAAGGGGACUGCCUCUUGGUCAAGUGUGGAACUUUGUCAGACAAAUGGCGAAUGGCCUGUACUAUCUUCACAGCUUGGCACCUCCUGUUAGUCAUAGAGAUCUCAAGCCUGAUAAUAUAUUGCUUAACAUCAGAAGCAUGCAAGUUAAACUUGCUGAUUUUGGAUUGUCUCGUCAAAUCUAUACCAGCAGUGAAGGAAUGAUUUCCAUGUUCCAAGCAAGAUGGACAGCACCAGAGAUCUGGAAAUGUUUUGAAGAUGAUCCAGAAUAUCAUAAUAUUGAUGGUGAAGCACAGGAAAGUACAUGUACUCUUGAGGAAGAGAUAGAAGAUGAUGUUUUUUUCUACCUAAGAGCAGACAUCUAUUCUUAUGGUCAAGUUGCAGCAUACUUAUUGACGGGGGACAGGCCAUGGCCAGGAAGAAAUUCCCUUAGUGUUGCAGAUAUCAGAGAAAAGGCUGUUGUGAAAGAAGACCAAGUUGUUUUACCYGAUGAGCUCACUGGACCGUUAAAGGAUAUCAUUAAGAUGUGUAGAGAUGAAGAUCCACUUAAGCGACYCACCAUACAACAGCUUGUCAACGAGUUCUUUGCAUCUGAUGAGAAUCCCUACCAGUCAGAAGCAGAAAGUGCAGAGUUUUUCUCCUGUGGAUUCCUUAAAGACACCAAGAUCUUCGUUGCAGACAGUCUUGUUGAUGAGUCUAGCGAAGGUUACAACAAGACAAAUGAGACUCCCCAGGGGUACCCUGCUGAGUGCUUGUUAUGUGAAGUAGAAGUGGGUAACGAUGAUUAUAACACAUCACCACAAGAAUGGAUCUAUGAACAGAAGUAUCGCGAAUAUUAUGCCCACUUCAAACUAAAAGCAAUCGAGAAGAAAAUUGAAGACAAUCCAGCUAUUGCUCUGAAGCACCUGGUCACGCCUCGAGAGGAUGAGGAGGAACGCCAAGAAAUCCUCCUUCGCUACGGCCAGUCGACUUAUUGCCACCACAGAGCCAUGCGGGAGAUUUGGAUGAAAGUUCUAGACGAAACGAAAAGGAGGGAAAUUGUACCUUGUAAGAGUGUUAUUCAUCCGAUAUUUAGUACAUCGUUUGGCCUGCACGUGGCUGUCAUCACGGCAGACUCGCCUCCCAAGUUUAUUUUUGCUCGUCGGGCCAAUAGAGAGGGUAUGGCAACACCUGGCAAAUUCACCUGCGGUGCGGUUGAAAGCGCAUCCGUCAAAGACUACGAAUUCAAAGAUGGCAAGGCGUUCGUGAACCUCAUCCAGACAGCAGCUCGGGGCCUGGAAGAAGAACUGCGUGUAGAACUUCAUGGCGAUGACGUCAAAGCACUCUGCCUUUCUACCGUCUACCUUAAAUUUGACACCCAUGAGUGGGGUCUUUGUGGAUUUGUGGAUCUCUCAGACAAGCGAAUAGAUCCCAAACGAAGGCUUACCUUUGAGCAACUUGGCUCUCGCUUUAGCGCGGGUCCUAAAGAUAAGUUUGAGCACGAAGAGGUGAAAGCUGUGGACUUCACUUUACCUACUAUGGUGGAUUUUGUGAGUGAGAAUUAUCUAGACUUUGCCAGUUCAGCUAAGUUGGUGGUUGUCAAAGUUUUGCAGUCGUUUUUCGGAGUUGCAGCGGUUGAACAGGCGUUUAAAUCACUAAUGGAAUAACCAAAAACAUCUUCAGUAGAAAAUAACUUGUGUGAAUGGUUACAAAUAAUUGGUAACUAUACCCGGACAAAUUAAUUUCGGUAGUUCAGUUUUAAAACAUGCACUAAUGGCUACAUGGGACAGAAUUUAGGAGUGGCCCGUUUACUAUAGAGAAAAACGUUUGUAUUACGAAGGGAAGUUCCAAAAAUAGUUGAUAGAGGGAAACUGUGUUCCAAUGGGUAACAUAAGCGAAGCUAUAAGACAGUAUUUCUAUAUAGUGAGCAACUAGUCUAAAGGGUCCAGUAAAUACAAAUCAUGGAAAAUUCUGAUAAUCAAGAGGCACCAUAAUGUAAUCAAUAGAUCUUUCUACCGAUAAGGCGGCCAUCUUGAAUCAAGACAUUAUGGGAUGUCGAGGGGGCAACUAUUGGAAAAUAUAUAGAAUGUACAGCUGUCUUGGUCGGCUUUUUAUAUAACUUAGUUUACGCUUUUCAGUGAGCAGCAYAUCUAAAAAGAUAUUGAUUUUGGUAGUUGGAACAAUAUUCAAAACACCAAGACUUUUAAUUAUUUGAGAACAAAAUUUUCUACGUGUUUGUCCUCACGGCAUCCCUUAAUUCAAGAUGGCCGCCCUUUUUAAUAAAAAGGUCUAAUCAAAGC